CGAGAGCACCACGCACGAAUUCGUGCCGCGCGAAUAUCUACGAGAGAACGAUGGUCCAGUCUUGGGGAUUCGGUGUGAGCGCCCUCGGGAUGCUGGCAUUGUCCCCCAGUUGUACUCUUGGGCGACACCUUUUGCUGGACAAGGUUCUUUCCGAUAAGCCUCCACCGGGGCAGAGCGACGCCUCCUGCGCACACUACGUUCGCGUCGGCCUGGAUGAGGGGGUUGACGCUAACGGAAGACCGAUCGUCGAGCGUGCACCACCUAGUCAGCGCGAUGCAGAAGAGCUGGUGGCAGUGCGCGUCGGCUGUGGCGAACGCCUUGUGGAGGAUGCUUUCCAGAUGGAGCAGCGGACCAUCACCAAGCACCUGAACGAGAUCAAGAGCGCGCUGGAGAAGGGGAAGCCAAUGCAGAGCAUCUCUCCGGCGUUCGAGUGGGCCCAGAGCGGCGACUGGGUGUACAUCAACGCCAAGAUGAGCCACAAGCUAGACGCCCCCGCCACGCUUAACGUUAUCUCCGAGGGGGUGGAGAUGGAGGAGCGGUCGCUCAAGUUCGCCGCUGCUAGAGACCACAAGAGGUUCUCUCUCGACCUUAGCCUUCACGACGCCAUCGAUCCGGAGCCCAGCACGAUUUCCUUUGGGUCUGUCGGGCGCGUGACGUUCACCCUCAAGAAGGCCAAGGGCGGUGUCAAGUGGCCCAAGCUUUUGGCCGACGGCCAGAAAAAGCCGGUCAACAUGCACGUCUGGUGGACGAAGCAAGAGGAGCACUCGGACGAGCUGGACGACCUCGAGGAAGCCGCCACGGCGGCCGCCGAGAGAGCCGAGAAAAAAAUGGCCAAGGAAGAAGGAGGAGGAGGAGCCCCCCCCGACGACGGGAAGGUGGAGAGCGGUGACGGCGAUGCCGACGCGUCGAAGGAAGGGGCGGCGGCAACGGAAGACACGAUGAGCCCCCAGCGGCAACUAGCCAGCAAAAAGAAGAAAGUGGCGACGGCGUUCGCCAAGGAGAAAAAGGCCAGAUUUGAGGAGCUAGAGAAGGAAAAGAGGGCGGCGGUAAAGUCCAUUGAUGAGGAAGCGGCGAGGAAGAAGAAAGAGGCCGAAGAAGCUCUUCAGACGAAAAAAGCGUCCAUCGACGAGGAGUUCGGGUUGCUGGUCAAGAAGAGGCACGCCGAGGUGGAAGCGGAGCACAAGGCCAACGAGCGA